AUGUCUCUCCAGGUGGAGUACCAAGGGAGCUACUCGGACCAGCGACUGCAGCAGCUCGGUCAUUACAUGAAGGAACUGAGUACACUUCGACUGCUCCUCGUGUGCGUGUUGACACCCCUCCCAUGCCUCUUCCUCAGUCUGAUAAAGGAGGUUCCACCUAUGGCCCCACCUGAAGCUGGCGUCUACGGGAACGGCGUCUUUUUCGCUCGAUCGUGGGCCGUCAUGGCCGAUCCGUCCUUGUUCGUCGAGGUGCAGCGCCAACUCGUCGUGUACCAAUGCCAAACGACGCUCCCGUUCGUCUACCCGCUGUACAUUUAUGGGUUUGUGUCUCUCACAGGCUGGAACCAGGUGAUUUUCGUCGCGGUGUUGCCAAUAAUCCAGAUCAUUGCCAAGAACUGGAUCAGUCGUGCAUUGGGCGAUGACGACGACCAGAAGCCGCAGUGCGUUAUCUUCGUCGUGGAGGUCUACAACGCCCUCUAUGUAUCGAGCGUUCUCCAGACCGCAUCGUCUUGGGCGUCGACGGCUGCCGUGAUGGUCGUCGACUUGGUGCAGUUCUGGGUAUCAAUGAUAGACAUUAUCAAGGUUUUCGAGGGUUUGAGCGCACUCAUGGCCAAAAUCCCGUGUGAUCACCCACUGGCUAAAGAGAAUUUCGUGCAGUUGGCAGUUCGCUUGAUGGCGAUGGAGGCACAAACAGAUUCUUCUAACGGCCGUCACGAUCUUGAACUCGAGGCCAUUUUCUCACAAGAAGAACGGGUUCGCUUCAUUCGGAAGGCCAAGCGUGUGCUCUUCAUCGCAGAGUACCUGCUAUUGGUCGAGUACGUCGAAGUCGUGCUGCCAUUCGCCUACUGCCUACACCAAUUUAUUCUAUUUCACAUGCACAACGUGCUGGUGCUGAAGCGAAAGCUGGGGUAUUCGUCACUGCAGCAGUUGGCAUUCGUACUGGACGCGCACGCGGGCGUUGUUCAGACGAAACUCAAUUUGAUAUUUGUCUACAUUAUGCAGGUCUCGCUGACUCACCUCGGGACUGAUUUCAGCUUUAAGUUCUCGUGGUUAAAGUCCACCAACGGUUAG